AUGCUCAAAUCUUGGAAGUCGACCCUGAGACUACCUCGGUCGAGUUUCCCUGCUCGACCGAACCCCAAGCUCGCACCAGAGUAUCUUCGACAAUGUACCGAUGACCUGUAUGAAUGGCAAGGGGAGAAUCGCCCGGAAGAAAAGCCAUUCACACUUCAUGAUGGUCCUCCGUAUGCCAACGGCAACCUUCAUGUUGGCCACGCCCUGAACAAGGUGCUCAAAGAUAUGACUGUGCGUGUAAAGGUGCAGCAAGGCCGGAAAGUGACAUACCGACCAGGCUGGGACUGUCAUGGACUUCCAAUCGAGAUGAAGGCAUUGGGAACAAGCGCUACUAAGGGCUUGACUCCUGUACAGAUCCGGGAUACAGCGCGGAAGUUAGCUUCCAAGACAGUCAAGGAUCAGAUGAAGGGAUUCCAGGCACUUGCUGUCAUGUCUGAUUGGGAAAAGAGAUGGACAACGAUGGACCGAGAUUUUGAGAUCAGGCAACUGCGUGUCUUUCAGAAUCUGGUACGUCGAGGUUUGAUUUACCGUAAGCACAAGCCGGUCUACUGGUCAGCUUCAUCGAGGACAGCGCUCGCUGAGGCAGAGUUGGAAUACCGAGACGACCAUGUCUCGAAAGCUGCAUAUAUCAGGUUCCCAAUUGUUUCCGACUUGUCCUCGAUACCUGAACUGGCCAAUUUUAACGGCAAGCUAUAUGCAGCUAUUUGGACAACAACGCCCUGGACUCUCCCAGCCAACCGCGCUAUUGCCAUCCACAACGACAUCUACUACUCCUUGAUCCAAGUUGGCUCGGAUGGUUACCUUGUUGCGUCAGAUCGAGUGGAGGCUAUGAGGGAUAUGCUCCCAGACCUCCAAGUCGUGACUGACUCCAUUCAUGGUUCCAGCUUGAAGGGUCUCGAGUACCAGAACCGACUACGAGGCAAAUCUGCCCCAUCUCAACCCAUUAUUGAGGCCGAUUUUGUCACUGCUGACUCUGGUACUGGUCUUGUUCACAUUGCCCCAGGACAUGGACAGGAUGAUUAUGAAGCUUGCUCCAAACUUGGCAUUGAGGCAUUCGCUCCUAUCGAUGACGGCGGUUUCUUCACCAAAGAGGCCUACCCCGAUGAUCCUGAGAAGCUCACAUCCGCACCCUCCAUCUUGGAUGGCGGGAGCCAAUCUGUCCUGGACUUGGUAAAUGACGAUGUGCUUGGAACCCAUAAGCUGCGCCACAAAUACCCUUAUGACUGGCGAACGAAGCGGCCUGUUGUGACUCGUGCUACGGCCCAAUGGUUUGCUGAUGUCGGAAGCAUCAAGGAGGAUGCUCUUGCGGCUUUGAAGGACGUCCGCUUUGUGCCGGAAGGUGGUCGUGUUCGUCUCGAGAGCUUUGUCAAGGGUCGCAGCGAGUGGUGUAUAUCGCGCCAACGCUCAUGGGGUGUUCCCAUCCCAGCGCUGUACGAUGAGAGCGGCAAUGCUGUGAUGACAGUAGAGACCAUCGAGCAUAUCAUCUCAGUUAUGCAGGAGCGUACUUCAUCUGCUUGGUUCUCCGAUAGCCCAGAUGACCCUGCUUGGAUUCCUUCCAACCUCGAGGGCAAGUACCGCCGAGGUACUGAUACUAUGGAUGUUUGGUUCGACAGCGGCAGCUCUUGGACGGAGACUGAGGGGCCAGCCGAUGUUUACCUUGAAGGAUCUGACCAGCAUCGUGGUUGGUUCCAAUCCAGCUUGUUAACUUAUGUCGCAACACAAAAGUCAAAGGAGACUACCAACAAGAUCUCUGCCCCUUUCAAGACUUUGGUCACGCACGGCUUUACCCUAGAUGGCCAAGGCAAGAAAAUGUCAAAGUCACUGGGCAACAUGAUCGUUCCUAGCCAGGUUAUGGAUGGUAGCCUUUUGGGACCUGUCAAGACUAAGAAAGGUCAACAACAGUCUGCUGGUCUUGGCCCAGAUGCUGUUCGCUUGUGGGCAGCAAGUGCUGACUUCACAACGGAUGUGCUCAUCGGACAAACCAUUCUUCAGCCUGUUCAAACUUCACUGAUUAAGUACCGAACGAUUAUCAAGAUGCUUCUUGGGUCACUGAAUCAAGAAGCCCGCCAGACUCCUUUGACAAAGUUGGACCAGAUUGCACUUGUACAGCUCUCGGAUACCAUGUCCCAGGUGAUGGAAUCAUACAACGACUUCGAGUUUUACAGAGCGGUUAGUAUGAUUAACCGCUGGGUCGCAGCCGACCUCUCAGCAUUCUACUUGGAGGGUCUGAAGGACCGGCUGUACUGUGGUGAUGGAGGUGGUGUUCUUGAACCCAUCUUCAUCGGACUCCUGCGCAUGUUGGCACCGAUUACCCCUAUGCUUGUCGAAGAAGCAUGGUCGCAUCGGCCAACAUGGAUGGCCGAAGACACGUCUUUGGAAAACCCCGCUCGUCAGCUAUACAACGCUCCCCUUAUUGACCCUCUGCGUUUGACGCUUCCUCAAGAUGUGGUGCGCAGGGAUCAAUCCACCAUCACAGAGGUUCACAGCGCUGUAAAGGCAACACUAGAAGAGGCACGGACAGCCAAGGUGCUUGGCAGCUCUCUCCAGAGUUCAGUCAUCCUUGAGGUCGAAGACGGCAAAGCGGCAGCUGUUCUUGGACGCUAUGAAGAUGAACUGCAUGAUAUCUUUGUGGUGUCGUCGGUACAAUUGAACCAACCUCUUCCUGAGAAGCCUGAAUGGGCCUACCAGAAGGAGUUUGAGAUUCAAGAUGCCAAGAUCAAGGUGCAUGUGCUUCCACCAAAGCAGGAGAAGUGCUCUCGAUGCUGGAAAUAUGUGGCGCCUGUCGAAGACGCGCUGUGUGGCAGAUGUGAGGAGGUUGUCGGUACUUUGCCAGCCGCGGCGUGA